AUGAAAGAUUUGACGAGUAUAACGUGGCAAAAAUCAGCAAUAUUGUCUCUUUGCACAAGCAUAAUUAUUACAUUAUGCACUGUAACGGCAAGUUUCAAAACAGAUGAUUCAACUAAAGAAUCUUCUCGCUGUGGUGGUUGCAGCCAUAGCAGGCAAACCACCACAGAGAACUUCUACGAGAAUAAAGCAGAUGAUUAUUGUUUAGCGAAUGAUCCACUUCAUACUUACGAAAAUACUGCUACGAAUCACAGAGAUCGUUUAAAAAAUAUGGUCAAAAUAAAGGCGGGCACUUUCACGAUCGGUACAAACGAUCCUGUAUUCGUCGCUGACGGCGAAGGACCGAAACAACAAAUUUAUCUAGAUAGUUUUUACAUAGACGAGAUGGAAGUGAGCAAUCGUGAUUUUGGAAGAUUUGUUCACGCGACUAAUCAUCGAACAGAAGCGGAAAAAUUUGGAGAUUCAUUCGUAUUUGGAGGUCUGUUAGAAGAAAAAGUUCGAGCGAAUAUAACGCACGCUGUUGCUCAAGCGCCUUGGUGGUUACAAGUGAAAAAUGCAAACUGGCAAAAUCCAGAGGGUCCUGAUUCUGAUAUAAAGAGUAUGUUUACUCUAUUUUAUUUUUCCAGUUGGUCGACAAUUGGAGACAAAAGAAAAUAAAAUUGAAUAA